AUGAAAUACCUAUUGAAAGCGCACAGGUUUAAUUAUGAAAAGGUCCUGUGGUCUUUGCCUACAUUUUAUGAAAAGAACAUAGCCCUCAUAAGAAAGAAAGACACAGGACACACCUAUGAAAGCCACUUGUGGUACGUCAAGAUCAUCGCUGGCGAUCAGUUGACUAUUGCGAGACAGCGAUCAAUUCUGAAUGUACGUGUGGGUCAUGAGAGCGGAGCUGAUGCAUGGAAACAUAUCGUACUCAUGCCUGGGUUGUUUCAUGCAAAGAUCGCCGAUUGUCAUGGCCUCCUCCAAGUUCACUUUGGAAAAUCAUCAACUCGCAGUCCAGGAAGCCUCGCAUUUCACAACACUUGCCUCAACCAGAUCCCAAUUGUCCUGACUUCCCUCCCAUCAUUUCAUGUCUGUCGUGAUUUGAGUAUGGUGUCCCUCUAUGCCUGCAUCCUCCAUUGUCUCCUGCUAGUCUCUGGAACAAGCACCCUAGAAGAAUACAUCAGCAAGAAGCUGACGUGGGAAGCAAUGUGUAUCCAUGCACACAAAAUUCUGGAGACAUACGCAAAUGCUGAUCGAGUCCAAGAGCUUCAAGAACCAAGAAUUGUCAAGGAACGCAAACCAGAUGCAGAAAAGAAAGCAGAGAAAAAGAGCGACAUUCUGCCCAAAAGUGAAGCAACAGCGCAGUCAAAGAAACCCCAAGAAGUUCCCCUUCCACACAUUCCAAAAGGUGACAUGGUGUUCGAGAAUGCAAGUUUGUUUAUGUGUGAUGCUCUCCUCACACGACUCUUUUCAGACACAAUCAAAUCUGGUGACUCAGGCCUUAUUAUCUUGGUGCUCAAGCUUUGGUCCUUUGCAUACUGGGGAAGUGGAUGGCUAAAAUAUGCACACAAAAUGCUGCACCUCCUUCACAAUCUCGUCAAUGUUUGGACAUCUCAACUUCGAAAAAUCAUAGUUCAGAACUGGCUACUUAACCCUACAGGAAAGGCUAAUACCUUCGUUGAGAUUGACCUUGUGCAGGAACAUCUCAACUUCUGGAUUAAGAAAGUAUACAAGGCCGACAGUGACGGUCAUUCAUGGGAUUGGCUUUCUCUUGUUUCUCUGUGUAUUGAUGUCUUGCGGCGAGUUGCGAAGAAGAUUCACAGUGAAUUAGGUUCUCAGCUGGGAUCAAAGCACACAAUUCCUGACCUACAUAAGGACAUUCAAACCCUGAUGGAUGCUCUGAAUGAGCACGAAGUCUAUGUUGUGAAAGACGGCAGGGUUUUGGAUGCAAACGAUACCCCCGUGCCCAAUGUCAUCUCAACUGGGUUAGUGGCACUUGCUCAUGGGAACGCAACCAACCCACUGGCUGAAUUCAAUGCUCAGUACGACAGCCUUUGCGAGCGCCGUAAACUCGUGCCUAUUUCCAAUCUAUGCCUAAUAUCUGCCAACACGCAUCACCCUGAAUCCUCGACAGCUGUCCCCAUCCCUGUGAUCACUGAACAAAUACCAGCCAACGAAACAGGUUCGGAAGACGAAUACGAAGGCUUACCCCAGUUGGCAAUAACUUCAGACUCAGAGGAUGAGGAAGAUCGCGAAGAUCCUUAUGACAAGGAUUUGUUUGCUGAUUCACCAACCCUUACGCGACUAGAGGAAGAGGAUGUGGCAUUAGAGAUGGAUGAUUUGGUGUUGGAUGACCCUGGGAUGGAUUGGGAUAGCAACGAGCAAGGAGACAGUGAUGAGGACUUGGACUGA